AUGGAGCGUGCGGAGCCUGGGAGUGCUGAGCCUGAGCGUGCGGAGCCUGGGGGUGCUGAGCCUGUACGUGCAGAGCCUGAGGGUGCUGCGCCUGGGGGUGCUGUGUCUGGGGGUGCUGAGCCUGGGGCCAGCAAGAGCCUCUCUCGCCCCAGCAGCUGCGCGAGUGGUUUGCUCGGCGCACCCGCCUUCGGAGUCGUGCUACUGGAGCUGGAGGCACAGGAGCUGCAGGCACUGGCCCUGGAGGUACUGGAGCUGGAGGCACUGGAGCUGGGGGCACUUCCACUGGAGGCGCUGGAGCUGGAGGUGCUGGAGCUGCAAAGGCUGGAGCUGCAGACGCUGGAGCUGGAGGCGCUAGAGCUGGAGGCCCUCGAGCUGGAGGCGCUGACGCUGGAGGUACUGGAGCUGGAGGUACUGGUGGUACUGGGGUUGCUAGUCCUGGCGGCACUGGUUCUGGAGGCACUGUGGAGUCUCUCUCCCCACAGCAGCUGCGAGAGUGGUUCGCUCGGCGCACCCGCCUUCGGAGUCGCGCGCCUGCAGCAGGCGGCGCUGGAGUUGGAGGCACUGGGGUUGGAGGCGCUGGCGCUGGAGGCACUGGAGCUGGAGGUACUGGAGCUGGAGGCGCUGGAGCUGGAGGCACUGGAGCUGGAGGCACUGGAGCUGGAGACGCUGGAGCUGGAGGCGCUGGCGCUGGAGGCGCUGGAGCUGGAGGCGCUAGAGCUGGAGGUGCUGGUGCUGGAGGCACUGGAGCUGGAGACGCUGGAGCUGGAGACGCUGGAGCUGGAGGCGCUGGAGCUGGAGGUGCUGGCGCUGGAGGCACUGGGACUGGAGACGCUGGCGCUGGAGGCGGUGGAGCUGGUGGCGCUGGAGCUGGAGCUGGUGGCGCUGGAGCUGGAGGUGCUGGCGCUGGAGGCACUGGAGCUGGAGACGCUGGAGCUGGAGGCGCUGGAGCUAGAUGUGCUGGCGCUGGAGACCCUGGAGCUGGAGCUACUGGUGUUGUGGGCACUUUGCAGCAGCGCCCAAUUUUCUUCUCGCCGCCGCAGCUGUGCGACCUACCGCCUCAGUGCUCCGUCAGAGCGUCGUGAGCCUGCGUCUCGUCCUGCCUCCCCUGUUCGCACUGUUCGUCGCGCUCGACGUGUCCCACGUCCGCGUCAUCCUCCUAUGCCAGGUACUCACACUAUGGCACUUCGUCCUUCCUCUGUUCUGCAUCGUGUCCCUCUGUCGUCUCCUCUUGCGUCCUCUCUUCCUGACGUUCCGGACCCUGAGUCUGACUUGGUUCGUGCUGCCAGUCCCACUAUCACGCGUCUCCUGGCCACAGUCGUCACUGACCCGUCGUUUGAGUCUACUGCUGCGUCUGCCUUAGUUGCUGAGCUUGUGGACUUUGCUGCUGCGUGUCGUCUCGACUACGCUGCUAGUCUUGUUGCUGAGUCUGAGUCUGUCUAUCCUCCGUCCGUCGGGGGUGAGUGUGCUCUUGGCACGGACGUCCUUGAGGACAGGCAGGAGGAUUUUGAGUGUCUUGCGGCUGCUGUACCUCAUCUCGUGGCCUGGCUGCUUGCACCUGAGGGAGACCCGGAUGCACUUGACAUCCCGACCCCGCGCUCUUACGCAGAGGCGAUUUCGGGUCCUUACUCCUCUCAGUGGCAGACAGCCAUGGACGCAGAGAUGGCAUCCUGGAAGUCCACAGACACUUACGUCGACGCAGUUCCCCCUCUUGGGGCGAACAUAGUCGAUGGCAUGUGGAUUUUCAGGACCUUCUCCCCUACCCCGAAGAUGACCACUCUUCAGGUGCUGCUGCACGUUGCUGCUCAGCGUGACUACGAGCUUCACUCUCUUAACUUCAGCACAGCUUUCUUACAGGGCAGCCUGCACGAGGAGAUCUGGUUGCGCCGCCCACCUGGCUUCACUGGGUCGUUUCCUACAGGUACCCUCCGGCGGCCAGUCUACGGUCUCCGCCAGGCGCCUCGUGAGUGGCACGACACACUGAGGACGACGCUUGCGGCUCUCGGGUUUGCUCCUUCGACUGCUGACCCGUCGCUGUUUCUGCGCACAGACACUUCGCUGCCGCCGUUCUACAUCCUUGUGUACGUCGACGACUUGGUUUUUGCCACUGCUAACACUGAGGCACUGGCCGUUGUGAAGUCGGAGCUGCAGAAGAGACACACGUGCACAGACCUGGGUGAGCUGCGCAGCUAUCUUGGCUUGCAGAUCACUCGGGACAGAGCACGGCGCACCAUUACCCUGACUCAGUCACACAUGGUGCAGCAGGUCCUUCAGCGCUUCGGCUUCUAG